GUCCUGCAGACAUGUCCUUCCGUAAAGUGGUUCGGCAGAGCAAAUUCCGGCAUGUGUUCGGGCAGCCCGUCAAGAAUGAUCAAUGUUAUGAAGACAUUCGGGUGUCCCGUGUUACCUGGGACAGCACCUUCUGCGCCGUCAACCCCAAGUUCUUGGCUGUGAUCGUGGAGGCCAGUGGUGGAGGCGCCUUUAUGGUUCUCCCCUUAGGCAAGACAGGCCGCAUUGACAAGGCCUACCCGACAGUGUGUGGGCACACGGGACCUGUCCUGGACAUUGACUGGUGUCCCCACAAUGACGAAGUCAUUGCCAGCGGCUCGGAGGACUGCACCGUGAUGGUAUGGCAGAUCCCGGAGAACGGGCUGACCUCCCCGCUGACGGAGCCAGUAGUGGUGCUAGAGGGGCACACCAAGCGUGUGGGCAUUGUCACCUGGCAUCCCACAGCCCGAAAUGUGCUGCUCAGUGCAGGUUGCGACAAUGUGGUGCUCAUCUGGAACGUGGGGACUGCCGAGGAGCUGUACCGCCUAGAUAGCUUGCACCCCGACCUCAUCUACAACAUCAGCUGGAAUCGCAACGGCAGCCUCUUCUGCUCCGCGUGUAAAGACAAGAGCGUGCGCAUCAUUGACCCCCGCCGGGGCACCUUGGUUGCUGAGAUAGAGAAGGCUCAUGAAGGGGCCCGGCCCAUGCGGGCCAUCUUCCUGGCAGAUGGCAAGGUGUUCACCACGGGCUUCAGUCGUAUGAGUGAACGGCAGCUGGCACUCUGGGAUCCAGAAAACCUCCAGGAGCCUAUGGCCCUGCAGGAGCUGGACUCGAGCAAUGGGGCCCUGCUGCCCUUCUAUGACCCUGACACCAACGUGGUCUAUGUCUGUGGCAAGGGUGACUCCAGUAUCCGGUACUUUGAGAUCACAGAUGAGUCUCCUUUCAUCCACUUCCUGAACACCUUCACCAGCAAGGAGCCCCAGAGGGGCAUGGGCAGCAUGCCCAAGAGGGGCUUGGAGGUCAGCAAGUGUGAGAUUGCCCGGUUCUACAAACUACAUGAGCGCAAGUGUGAGCCCAUUGUUAUGACUGUGCCAAGAAAGUCCGACCUCUUCCAGGAUGAUCUGUACCCCAACACAGCGGGGCCCGAGGCAGCCUUGGAGGCAGAGGAGUGGGUGAGCGGGCGGGAUGCAGACCCCAUCCUCAUCUCACUGCGAGAGGCGUAUGUGCCCAGCAAGCAGCGUGACCUGAAGGUCAGCCGGCGCAACGUGCUGUCAGACAGCCGACCCACCAGCGCUGCCCGCCCUGGGACAUCCACAGCCGCCUCCGCCACUGCUGACACCGCCCCCAGCAGCAGCCUCGUGGGGGCCGGGGAGGCUGGGAAGCUGGAGGAAGUGGUGCAGGAGCUUCGGCGGCUGCGGGCUCUGGUCAAGGAGCAGGGAGAGCGCAUUGGCCGCCUGGAGGAGCAGCUCGGCCGCCUAGAGAACGGGGAUGCUUAGGGCUGCUGCCCACCCAUGCCCGUGCCCACACGCCUCCUUCAGACCCUUCUCACUUCACUUCUGCCGGCAGGCCUCACCAGACUCGGCUGCCCAGGGCUUCUGGGGCAGGGCAUGAGCCACUGUGCCCUCACCCCUGCCUGGGGCCCUGGCAGGCCAUCGCCUAGCUUGUCAUUCGUAUAUAUGGGGGGAAUCGUUGUAUCAGUUCAAGCUCGCCUGUAUUCUGAGGGACCGCGUCUCUGGCCCAUCCAACCCUCUGCCCCCUCCCCAGAGAAGAUGGCAAGAAUGGGAUCUAUAUUUUCAUUCCAAAUAAAAUUCUCUUUUUAAAAGCUA